UUGACGGACUGAAUAGGCUAGCUGUGGAGUUUAGAACAUACGAAUGUGGGUUGGGAAGUUUAGAACAUACUAAGAAUGUGCUGGUUUUGAGUGGUUGUGAUUCACUCCCAGUCAGUGACAACAGACAGGAUAAGGAUAAGCAGACAGGUCAAGUUAGGUUGUUAAAUGACUGUGCAAGUUAGCAUUUGUUGAUUCAAUUUAGCACUUAGCAAGUUCUGGUCACUACAGGAUCCUGUUUUGAAACUGGAUGUAAAGGGUCAAGCAUGGAUGUUGCUGUUGCAGAGGAACCCCUGAGGAAAAUCUUCAGAGCAAAAAAGACUAUGAAAGUCAGCGAUCGACAGCAACUGAAAUCCCUUCACACCACUCUUUCCUCUCCAUGUUCUUUCCCAUCCCCACCUCAGCCAGCAAUGGUAAAUGGGAAGCACUGUGAAGAUGUGUCUAUGGAAGUAGAUAAAGAAAUACAUGGAACUACACAUACCACCACUCAUGCCCCUUCCUCCCUGACAGCCACAUCCCUAACCACUGAGACCUCUGAGGAACCAACAGCCUCUGAAUUACUGGUUUCUUCAUCACAGAACAUACACUCUGAUGUAAAAGAUGUUCAGGAAGGAGAGGGGGACAAGGAGUCUACAUUACCCAGCCUCGAGGUAGAAGACAAAAUGAAUGGACUGAUGAAGGGGGAUAGAAAUUCCAAAGGGGAUGUUAUCGUUUCCUCUCCUGUGAGUUCAGAGAAAACAGAAGCAGUAAGAGAGAGACAGGUUGAUGGUAUGGAAGUAGACCUGGUACCAGGUACCACUCAGGACACAGUGCCCAUAUUGAACCCUGCCGCCUCCCUCCUCCUGUCCUCCAACACGGCUGUAGAGUCUGUCUCUUCCCCUUCACUCUCCCCGUCAUACACGGCAGAGUCAGACCAGGAGGUCAGGCCAGGAUUCCUGGUGCUUAGUGAAGAUGAUGAUGUCCAGGAUGAGAGCAAUGAGGAAGAGGAGGAAAAAGAUGAGGAACAGAGGAAAAGUGAAGGAGGGGUAGAAAAAGUUGAGGUUAACAUGAAGAAGCCAGAACAAUUUGUAAGUGGUGCUCCAGUUGACUCUCCGUCCCCUUCAUCACCGACACCUCUUCAGAUUGAUGAAGAAGAGGAGGGUGCUGCUCUACAGAAGAAACGAUCCUUGUCUGGAGACUCAGAGGAUGGUGGUGAAAAACAGGGAGAAAGAGACUUGGAAGUGGUGGAGAGGCAUAACAAGAGGCCCAGAGUAGACUGUGAAGAGCUGGAGGCUCAUGUGGAGCUGAAGAUCAGUGGGAGCGUUGAAAGGCAACACAAGCUAAAGAAGGUGGUGCAGCAGCUUGUUGAGGAGCAGUUGUGUGUUCUGCAGCUCACACUAUUUGACAUGAGUCUUCAGGGGCUCAGAGACAGACUGGACAAAAUAGAAAAACACCCGAGUGCACUCAAGAGCCUGCAGGCAAAGAUUGCCCGACUUUCUAAGAAAGUUGCAACUGCCAUCCAGGCCAGGGAGAAUGCCAAGAAACCUCCAGAGGUACUGUUGCCACCUACCUCUACUUCUGCCACAGCAACCACCCCAGCAGGAUCAGCAGUUCUCGGCCUGAGAACAAUGGGGAACAACACACCGGAUCCAAAGCGUAAUGAUCAGGGCUGUCAAACCCCUACUCCUGUACGUAAUGAUCAGGGCUGUCAAACCCCUACUCCUGUACGUAAUGAUCAGGGCUGUCAAACCCCUACUCCUGUACCCACAGCCUCCUUGCUACCUUCCCCCUCUUCCACAGCCUCAGCCGGAUCUCAACCCACAUCCCAAACCUUGAUGCUGAGCACCUGUGUUACCCCAACACCAGGCCCGUCCGCCUUCCCUCUCCAGUCAUUCCUCAUACAGCUGCCUGGUGGAGGGACAGCCAUCCUUACCAACCCAACCAACUCCCAGCUAAUCCCAGUGUGCGCAUUUCCCGCCAUGACGAGUUCCACCGUGACACCCACCACUGCCUUCCUCCUGCAGAGGACUACUCCCUACACCCCUGCUGCUCCCAAGCCCCCCUCUGCAUCCGCCCUCUUAUCUCAUUCCGCUGCCACAACCACGACUACACCCACUGACACACCAGCUGCCACAACGUCCCACAUGACCACACCCAUAACCAGGGCCACAACCAUAACCACACCCAUAACCAGGGCCAUAACCACACCCACAUGCUGGGCCACAACCGUAACCACACCCACACCCAGGACCACACCCAGGGCCACAACCACACCCAGGGCCACAACCACAACCACACCCAGGGCCACAACCACAACCACACCCAGGGCCACAACCAUAACCACACCCAGGGCCACAACCAUAACCACACCCACACGCAGGGCCACAACCAAUGUCUCCCACCCUGGAGCCACUGGGACAGUCAGCAGGCCCAGCUCCGGUGUGUCUGUCUCCGUCUGUGAGUCCAUUCGGCUUGUAUCUGUGGCGAACUCCACUUCAACUUCAUCCUUACCAAGAUUCUCAAUGCCAGCCACCACAGGCACUCAACCCUCUGUGCGACCAGCUGCCCCAGCGCAACUAGCUGCCUCAGCACAACUAGCUGCCCCUGCGAAAACAGGUAGUAAAUCUACAAACCCUCCUUCAGACUCCACACAGGCAUCUCACCCUGCCAAAUCAGAAGCAUUCAUAGACCUGACAGAGGAGGAGGAGGAGGAGGAUGAUGAUGUUCUAGUUACUGGAGUGCUGAAGGCUCCGAUUGCUUUGAAGGCCUCACCCUCGCCUUCAACAGCGGGUCAGCGAACAACAGCCACACAGCAAACCGCCACCUCCACUUCAGUCGGAACACAGGCCGUGAGGUCAUCUCUUGGUCAGACUUCAGCUGUUGGAUCUCCACACGCCGUUUAUCGUCGCCCCCUGCAGGGCUCCCCAUCUAAAAGUGUUGCCUCAGCAACAUCCACUUCAUCUUCCACACCUUGCCCCCAGCCCUCUCCCCUUCCCCCCUUGCCUGUCCCACCUCAAACUAUCAGCCUGCCCCUAGAAGCGGCCAGCACCAGCCCUCCACAGCAGCCUCUGCUCAAAAUAACCCGGGUUCCAAGCCAGAAUGACGGCAUCGUGCUCUCCUGGUCUGUGACUGAGGUAGACAGGAGCUGUGCUGCCGUGGACAGCUACCACCUAUACGCCUACCACCAGGACCACUCUGGCCCCAGCACACCUCCCCUACUCUGGAAGAAGAUAGGGGAGGUGAAGGCCUUGGCUUUGCCCAUGGCCUGUACACUCACACAGUUUGUCUCUGGCUCCAAGUACUACUUUGCAGUCCGUGCCAGGGACGUGUUUGGCCGCUUUGGACCAUUCUGUGCGCCUCAGUGCACUGAUGUCUUAACGCCCCCUUCACCGAAAGCUCCAAUUUAACCACACACUAAGAUUUAAGUUAAAAUGUAUUGUGUCAAGUUAAAACAAGAGGAGAAAUGUUGAUUCUGUAGAUUUCUUUUUCGGGUUACUAAGCUAGCCAAAGUGAAAAGUUCAGUAAAGCUUCUGGCAAAAGUAAUUGCUCUAUUUUCAAAUUAAUGUGUUUGGUAUUUGUUUUAUCAGAAUUGUUCACUCAAAUCAUAUUUGAGCCCAGGUGUUUACAAGAGUGACUUAUCUUUGGAAUGUUACUGGAAAAUGUUGUUGCCCAUCUUGGUGAAAUCGGUUGGCCCCAUGUGACCACUGUCUGCCUGCCGUGUGUUUGACCACAUGGGAGCAGCAUUGUACCAAAAUGGUAUCUUUGACACAGGAUGAGAGGAUUUGAAAAUCAAACCUGAAAUGGCCUGGUCCCGUUUCUGAACGAUUAUGGACAAAGUAUUCUUCUCCUUCUAGUUUCCUGAAGGUAUUUGAAAACUCAAACUUUUCAUUGCAAUUGUCAGUCUAACUGAAAGAACAUACUAUGAAGGGCAGAAUGACCAUGUUAUUAUAUGGUAAUACACAGUAGUUCUGCGUCUCAUGAGAAAUGAGCCUGCUAAAGCCUAUGCGAUCUCUCUUCCUCCUGCUCAAUUUCUGCUACUGUGAAGGACAAGUUCUACAGUUAAAUUAUACAUGAUCUAGGGCCUCCUGUGACACCUUUUUUUUAUGGAUGUAAUUUAAUAUAGUUUUUUUUAACCUUUUUAAUUUGGCAUGAACAAAACCAGUCAUGAUGUUUUCAUAUUGUGAAACAAAUAACUUCAAAAAGUAGGCUACCUGCGCAUGUUCGUCUACUCCAAAAUAAUUCCAGCAUCCUAACAUUUGAUGAAUGGAAAGAGACACCCGUUACGAAACACCAAAAAGUGUAAUGACAUACUGUGAUUUUCAUUAGGUCUACACUUUUGUAGCCUGAAUUUAUUGAUCCGUCUUUGACAAAAGGACCUUUUUUGUAGAAAGAGAAGUUGUGACGCCUGAAAGGGGGCUGGGAGAUGGGACUGUCCCGGGUUGACAAGUGCAGCCACGUGGAUAUAUAUAUUUUUUAAACCAUGACCGGCGGGGGUGUUCGUUUAAUUUGGAAUACGCUUUUAUUUUAAUAUUUACCUCUAGCAGUACAAAUUGCAUUUUAAAGAAAUAGUAGAAUUGUUAAAUUAGUAUUAUUUAGAGACCCCGCCCCCCACCCCAAAGUUUGACUUUGUUGCAUUUAGGGGGACUCAUGUCUCAUUCAGGGGUCUGAGACCCUCCUGGGCCCCAUGUAAUUCACACUGUCUGCUGAUCGUUUUAUGUUCUGUCUGAUAGGGACAUGUAUUAAUGGCUGGUUAGAAACAGGUCAAUAAAUGCAUUGGACCUGACAACAGAAAGGUUAAGUACCAAGAAAUAUUCAGACUAUUGUAAU